AUGAAGCUGGCUCUGCUCCUGCCCUGGGCGUGCUGCUGCCUCUGCGGGUCGGCGCUGGCCACCGGCUUCCUCUACCCCUUCCCGGCCGCGGCCCUGCAGCAGCACGGCUAUCCUGACCCGGGCGCCGGCUCCCCCGGCAGCGGCUACGGGGGCCGCCGGCACUGGUGCCAUCACACGGUGACACGGACGGUGUCCUGCCAGGUGCAGAACGGCUCGGAGACGGUGGUGCAGCGCGUGUACCAGAGCUGCCGGUGGCCCGGGCCCUGCGCCAACCUCGUGAGGACUCUGAUCAGACCCACAUACAGAGUGUCCUACCGCACGGUGACGGCGCUGGAAUGGAGGUGCUGCCCUGGCUUUACUGGGAGCAACUGUGAUGAGGAAUGCAUGAACUGUACCCGGCUCAGCGACAUGAGCGAGCGGCUGACCACGCUGGAGGCCAAGGUUCUCCUUCUGGAAGCAGCGGAGCGGCCCUCGAGCCCAGACAAUGACCUGCCGACGCCCCAGAACACCCCACCGCCCUGGAACGAGGGUCUCCUCCCUGACGCCAUCCCGCUUGCCCACCCCGGGCCCCAGAGACGGCCCACAGGCCCGGCCGGGCCCCCUGGACAGACGGGACCACCAGGGCCUGCGGGUCCCCCAGGCUCCAAAGGUGACCGGGGUCAGGCAGGAGAAAAGGGCCCAGCGGGGCCUCCUGGCCUCUUGGGGCCGCCAGGGCCCCGUGGGCUUCCUGGAGAGAUGGGGCGCCCUGGACCCCCCGGCCCCCCUGGCCCAGCAGGCAGCCCGGGGCUCCCUCCAAACGGCCCCCAAGGCGUCCUCUACUCCCUGCAGCCACCGACAGACAAGGACAGUGGAGACGUGCAGCUGGCCUCCGCGGCCGUGGACACAGUGUUGGCAGGCGUCCCAGGGCCCCGGGGUCCCCCUGGCCCCCCAGGGCCCCCUGGACCACACGGCCCCCCUGGACCCCCGGGUGCGCCUGGAUCCCAGGGCCUGGCUGGAGAGCGGGGCGCCACGGGGCUGUCUGGGGAACCUGGCGGAAAGGCGGAAGAGGAGGAGAAAGCUGCCGCUGAGGGCGAGGGGGUGCAGCAGCUGCGGGAGGCCCUGAAGAUUUUGGCCGAGAGAGUGCUCAUCCUGGAACACAUGAUUGGGAUCCACGAUCCCCAAGCCACCCCUGAGGGGGGCUCUGGCCAGGACGCCGCCCUGAGAGCCAACCUCAAGAUGAAGCGCGGAGGCCCCCCACCUGAUGGCUCCCUGGCCGCCCUGCUCGGGCCUGACCCCGGGCAGAGGAGCGCUGGCCGGGCCAGUGGCGGGAAGUAA